AUGAGUUUCCCGAGCAGGCCGUUGCUCGAACACCACUUCAGGAGGGUCGUGGCGUACGACAUGAUCUACAAGCUGCCGAUUAGACAGGCGUACGAGAUGCCGGAGCUGGACAAGGUGACGCUUCACGUCUCCCGGAGCCGCGCCCUGAGCGACCUGCGCUCGCUCCUGAUCGGGCGCGCGGCGCUCACGAUCCUGUCAGGGCAGGAGGCCACCAUCACGACCGUCAAGAAGUCCCAGAUCAUCCGGGGCAACCUGCGCAUGAUGAAGGGGCAGACCCUAGGCACCAAGGUCACGCUCCGCGGCCGCAGGGCGUACGACUUCCUCACCACCUUCCGGAACGAGAUCGUCCCGAACCUCUCCAACGAGUACCGCGGCGCCGGGAUGGACCGCACCGGCAGCAUCGGCUCCGGCACCGCCGUGGCGCCCGCAGCGCUGCGGGAGAUGCACCCGCUGUUCGACGCGUUCCGCGGGUUCCAGUGGACGGCCUCCGCGAAGCGGCCCAAGCACGGCCGCAUGAAGGUCAUCCACGAGGACGUCGCGGCGCUGCUCUUCUCGGGCCUCGGGGUGCCCGUCCGCGGCAAGGGCGCGCACGACGCGCAGGCGCUGCGGGACGCCGCGGACCGCGAGAAGGAGGCGCGGGACAUGGAGGCCGCGUCCGGGAGGGCGGAGGAGUAG